UUCGAGAAAUUGUAGACCCCGUUGUCGAAAGUCUCACACAAAGAGAGGAUAACUAACCGCCCGUAAAUACAAGCCGACAUUACAUUUGAGAGAGAUUCGUGUAUCCAAAACAAACGAAAUACGCGAAUGGUCGCUUUUAAAACCUAAGAAUUAUAGAUUUAAAGUAUGAUGACUGGGUUUACAUGUUGGUAAAAGAAGAAGCUGAGGUUGCAUAUUUUGGACUAACGUUUCCAGAGGAAUCCGGACCAAGGAAAAACGUGAAAGGCAGACACAGAAGGAAUUAUGUGAGCCAAUAUUGGGUUUAAAAAUCCCUUGUUUUGCGCGUGGCAAUUUCAACGAUGUAUAUUUUCCAGAUAAGCGGUAACCUGGUCGGACUGAGGCAAGUUUUAAGCGCGUAAUGCGCGUGGUCUUUUAUCGAUAUGUCAGCUGUUGCAUUCCGUUAGGUUAUUUUUGUAACCUACUUCGGUCGUAAAGAUGAUAGCCUACUUUAUAGGCUGCCUUCCCUUUUCUCCAAAAAUGUCGUGAUUUUGAGAAUAGCUCAGUGAGUCCUGGAUGCAACAAUGUGGCCAACUGCAGUUGGAGUUUAUUGUAACUUGCCAUCAUCUGUAGACUUGCGGAUUGCAACUUAUAUAGCGUAGCUCCGGCUACAGUAAAUUCGGUUGCAUUCCUUUUUAUUGUAUUUACAGUGAACGCUAUCAAUAUAAAUAUGGAUUUAGAUCGAUUGGUACACUAACUGGGGAAAAAAUACAUAUUUAUUUGAUGGCUUUUUCCGUCGUUGGUAGAUAUUUUGACCGGGUUUCCACUCAUCGUAUAGUGCAGCUCACUCAGGAGGAAUGCGGUUUGAUAGAUGAAAGACUAGAACCCCUUUCCACCACGAAUCUGGAACGGGACAAAGACUCGAACCAGCGGACUAUUCCGGGCACAUUGGGCUGCUCGUGUAAUCGCCUGGUGGUCGACACCAACUCGGAAGAUCCAGCUUUUUGAGGAUUCAACACUUUAGCCCAACAGUGGAAUAUAAUAAUAUUUUAUUCACUUUCGUCUGGUAAUAUUCAUCCUGUCGUGUCAGGCGAAUGGCUAUGUAAACUGUGACCAGGCAGGCAGGUAUGCAGUUGAACCGACCUAAGAGCGCUUUAGUGUCGGUGACCCCGGAGACUGCUGCCAGUACCAGUUCCUUCUCAAGCCAGUAUAAAACAAUGCGCUUCUCCUACCACAUCAUCAGCGGCAUGCCAAGUCCCCAACCGCCACUGCGCAGGAUACGCCCAUCAUCCUCCAGCCCUGGGCUCAUGACUAAAAGCCUGUCUCUGGAGCCGGGUUCCCCCGGAGUCUGCCUCGGGGGCAAUGACGACAACCCCGACACGCAGACACAGACCCCUCGCCUCAGCUCGGACCCCGGGCCGACAACCUCCCAUCCCCUGACCUCCGGGCCUCUGGGACUGUAUGAACCCCUGCUGCACUCCACUGGACAUGGCUGCCACGGAGGAGACGAUAACGGAGGAACUCAAGAGGUGCCCUCCACCACCCCAAAGACCCGCCCUCCCUUGCCUGGCCCUAAACCACAAGUGCCCCCAAAGCCUCCUCAUCUGCAGCAGAGUGCUGGUGCUGCUAGGCCCCGCCCUCGUGCACCGGACAAGCCCCUCCCUCCACCUCCGCCUUGCAGACCUCUGCCUACAGACCCCAGAGGGGGAGGAGCCUGCCGAACCCCGACACUCCCCCGCGCAGAAGGAAGCUCCUCCCCCACCGCCUGCGUGCUCUCCCUGAUUGAGAAGUUUGAGAGGGAGCAGAUCAUUGUGGUACCUGAUAUCACAGGAGCGGCUCUCUGCAGCCCCAGGGUCCCUGGGACCGGACUGUUAGGGGCCCCGGUCUCUCCCCCAGCCUCAGAGCUACUUCUAGGCUGUCUCCCCCUGUCUUGCCCCCCUGAUUCCUCUCCAGAGCCCCAGGAUCUGCCCCAGGUUCUGCCCCAGGAUCUGCCCCAGGGUCUGGCUGUGUUGGCUGAUGUGGUGUUGGGGGGGGGGGCAGGGGACGCAGAGGAGCCAGCAGCCAGUAUUGACCAUGACAACGAUGACAACGAUGAUGAAUUAGGACCGUCCUGCUCUGCUUCCGACAAGCGCCUGUCCAUGGAGUCCGGCUACAGCGCCUCGGAAAAACUCUCAGACGCUGUGGAGAUGAGAGAGCAGGUGGGCUCAGAGUCAGAGAGCCAAUCAGAGAUCCCUUCAGACCACUUGUCCCUCCCCCAGCCGCAGACUGACGGCAAGCUGGCCAAUCGGGACUCUGGCAUCGAUAGCAUCAGCUCUCCGUCCCACAGUGAGGAGCUGUGUUUCGCGGGAGAAGAAGACCGGAUCAUCUAUCCCUGUAGCCCCGCCCUCACGCUGCCACGCCUCUCCAGCUCCUCCUCCUGCAGCUACACGGAGGGACCUGGGGGAGAGGGGGCGUCGGCUGAGGGUGGGAGGGAUUCGGAGGGAGACAGUGACAUGGAGGAGGGCAGCGGGGACGAGACCGUGGACCUCCAGCCUCUGGCGCUGGUCCUGCCACAGACGGAGAGACAGGAAUCUGUGGAGAUGUCGGUGCAGCAGCGUGUGUUCAACAUAGCCAACGAGCUCCUCCACACGGAGAAGGCCUACGUAUCACGACUUCACCUCCUCGACCAGGUCUUCUGCUCUUCCCUGCUGGAGGAGGCCCGCUCCCGCUCUUCCUUCCCCCUGGAUGUGGUCAUGGGCAUCUUCUCCAACAUCUGCUCCAUAUACUGUUUCCACCAGCAGUUCCUGCUCCCAGCCCUGGAGAAACGCAUGGAGGAGUGGGAUUUGAACCCGCGUAUCGGGGACAUCCUGCAAAAGCUAGCCCCCUUCCUGAAGAUGUACGGGGAGUAUGUGAAGAACUUUGAUCGGGCCAUGGAGCUGGUCAACACCUGGAUGGAAAGGUCGUCCCAGUUCAAAGCCAUCGUCCAUGGCAUCCAGAGGGAGGAGCGUUGCGGCAACCUGACCCUGCAGCACCACAUGUUGGAACCCGUCCAGAGGAUCCCUCGCUAUGAGCUGCUCCUCAAGGACUACCUGCACCGUCUCCCUGACGACCACAACGACUUCAAAGACGCACAGAAAUCUCUGGAGUUGAUCGCCACUGCUGCUGAGCAUUCCAACGCUGCAAUCAGAAAGAUGGAGCGUAUGCGUAAGCUGCUGAAGGUGUAUGAGUUGUUGGGGGGUGAAGAGGACAUUGUCAACCCCACUAAUGAACUCAUCAAAGAAGGGCACAUCCUCAAACUGUCAGCCAAAAACGGCACCUCCCAGGACAGGUACCUCAUACUGUUCAAUGAUAGGUUACUGUACUGUGUUCCUAAGUUGCGGUUGAUUGGUCAGAAGUUUGGGGUGAGAGCCCGUAUCGACGUGGAUGGGAUGGAGCUGAAGGAGACCAGCAGUAUCAACGUUCCCAGGACGUUCCUGGUAUCGGGAAAACAGCGUUCCCUUGAACUGCAGGCCAGGACUGAGGAGGAGAAAAAGGACUGGAUCCAGGCAAUCCAGGCCACCAUCCUGAGACAUGAGCAAACACUGGCCACCUUCCACCAUCUGAACUGUUCUCUACGAGAUGAAGACUACACCCCGCCCAACUCUCCGAACUGUUCAGAACUGGGAACGCGUGCCCCCACUCCAAUCCGGGAGAAGGAGGUGACUCUGUGUAUGAAGUGCCAGGAGCCGUUUAACUCCAUCACCAAGAGACGUCACCACUGCAAGGCCUGUGGACAUGUGGUGUGUGGGAAGUGUUCUGAAUUCCGGGCCCGUCUCCUCUACGACAACAACAGGGCCAACAGGGUGUGUAUCGACUGCUACACCACUCUGGUGGGGGCACACCCCUCCCCUGCCUGCCUGACCAGCAGUGUCAGAAGACGCUCCAUACUGGAGAAACAAGCAUCAGUCGCAGCAGAGAACAGUGUCAUGUGUAGUUUCUUACAUCACAUGGAGAAGGGGGGAGGAAGAGGCUGGCAAAAGGCCUGGUUCAUCAUCCCAGAGAAUGAACCACUGGUGCUCUACAUAUACGGGGCUCCUCAGGAUGUCAAAGCCCAGCGCUCUGUCCCACUGAUUGGCUUUGAGGUCUCACUUCCUGAGUCAUGUGACCGGCUGGAACGCCGCUUUGCCUUCAAAAUCAGCCAAUCACACCUUACACUCUACUUCAGCGCAGAUGGGGAGGAACUCCAGCGCCGCUGGAUAGAGGUCCUAUCACGUGCAGGGAGAGGGGAGGAGCUACAGGCUCAUGGUUUAAUCGCAGAGGCCCUAGAAGAGGAAGGGGAGGAGUCUGCCACUUUGGGAGAGAAUACGUGAUUGGUUAGGAGUACAGUCGGCAUUACAUCAUCCGUUGUAUACACUUACAACCCACGCACAGUUUAAAACGUACCCAGAUACACACACGCAGAUUCACAUAGACAUUCUCUCUCACACACACAGACACACACAGACACACACAGACACACACAGACACCGAUUCAGACAUGAAGAUUCUCUUACUUACACACAGGUACAUAUACACAUAUUUUCUUUCACACACACACACACUUCUGUAUGUAAUGUCAGUGAUCAGUCAGUUGCAUGAUAGUAUCUACAGGUCAGUUUCUCUCAGUCCGUGUUUUGCUCAUCUAGUGUUUGCAACAACAACAAAAACUGCCAAAAGUCAAGUUUCGCUCUCCUCCUCCCUACCCCGAAGAAGUACAGUAUACAACAAUGAUGUGUGUUCCAGUGAAUAGAUUCCCCUUCAGUCAGACAUUUACAUUGUGUGUCACAGUGAAUUGCUUCCCUCCGGGCAGACAUUUUACAGUCAUUCGUUCUGAGCCACAGAACACAGUGUUUCUCCCUGCCAUCUCUCUCUAUCAUGCCAAAUUGACGACGUGUUGUUUAGAAUGUUGCGUGGUUGCCAUGGUGUCUGGGUGUUCUGAUAGUUCAGGUGUCUGGGAGUCAGUAACUGUCCAAUUGGAGGAACAGAAUAACUCCACCGAAGCCUGUUAGACACACUAGGGGUUGUGUCUCUGUUUGGAUUGACUGUUUAGCUGAUGGUUAUCCAGUCAGUUAUUUUUCUUCCUGAUGCCAUAAGAUGUUCCUAAAGGGCUGAGCUGGACAGUGUUGGAAAGUGGCAAUGGACCGGGGGCUAACAGAAACAGACAGACAGACAGACAGACAGACAGAUGGCUGAGGAGUAGUGAACAGAAAUCAAGAUGUCUGCAUGCUCCAGCGUCUCCCACCCACUCUCGUCUGCCCUGGGAAAUGGUUUAAUGUCUUACAGACUCCAUGUUGAAUACCUUCUUCAAACACUCUCCACGAUCAGCUGUGUAGAAUUUACUAUAUGGAAUUUAAAACUGUCCCUAUUUUUCCCACACACCUUUCUAGUUGUUUCCGGCGUAGACCUUAGAAAGUGUCUUCUCUGCAUACAGGGUAUUGCUACGUUACCACAGGAAUUUUUUAAAAGACGGUUUAGAAAGAUUCAAAAUUCUGAAUAUUUUGAACUAAUCUUAAAUGAAUUCACUCCAAGCCCAUGGUAUCUCAAGAACCAGAGACCAGCAUUGAAUAGAGGGAUUUAACCAAUCUUUAACUCAAAGCAUUUGUAAUUCAAAGCAGAUAUUUAGUGCCUGUCAGGAUCUUUCUGACUCCCUAAAGCCGAACCUAAAAUUAGCUCAGCACUCCCUUUGGUGCGAGACAACACUUUCCAACCGUCCCACCUAGUGGAGAAACCUAGUAUUACAAUCAGAGCCUCUACAGUGGAUAGCAAAAGAGAUCUCGUUCAGUUGGUCCUGGAGAGGAUGUAUAAAUGUGUACACUAGUGGAAUAGAGGACUGUCAAAAAACAUUUGUUAUCUUUAAACGUGGCAAUAUAGCUAAAGUUUGUUAUUUCACAGGUUGUUUAUGAUGUAAUAAUGAACCCCUGCUAAGCUUUGAGAACAUCUAUGUUCAUCCCAGAUGAUGUGUACAGGCUACAGUAGAUGAGAUCUGUGAUUUGGUUGUGUGUGAGCGAGCGUGUUGUGUUUACAAUAGAAAGAGAGAGGGGGGGGAGAAAGAAUGUGAACGGAUUUCAGAAAAUGCUUGUGUUUGUAUUAUCAGUGUUAUCUCUGACUUUAGGAGAGUGUUUUGAUAGUUAUUACAGAGAACAGAACUAUAUAUAUAUGAAACAGCAGAAAUGUGGGAUAAAAGGUGUUUUGAUGAAUCAGGGUUAUGUUUGUGUAUGUUCAUGAUGCCAGUGAAACGAUGGUUAGUAAUGAAACAUUUUAAAUGCAUUUGUAUUGUAAAUAUAAUUUAUUUUCUUCCCGGACAACUUUUGUGGGUGAGGUGUAAGCCUAUCAGUGUCAUUGCUAUCUUGUUGGUGUCUAGAUUGGACUUGGCCACCUUUCAGAUUUGCCUGAAUGUCUGUAUGACAGUUCUCCAGUUCAUGUUUCCUAAUCGGAAUUAGCCCAUUUUCUUAUAUGUUUGUGCUGUCAUGCCAACUCGUCCAUGUUAGACAGCACAAAGUGAUCUGGGAACAGGCUAACCUGACACAUUCUGUUUUUUUAUUUUUAUUUCACAUCUCCUGAACUAGUAACUGAUCAAUGGGUGAACUCAAAGGUAUAUAUUAAGAAACAGCUAAAUAAUUGUUGGACUGACGCUGUUUUGCUCUUCUUGCUCUUCAUCUUGUGACAGAAACAUUCAUUAGUUUGACAGUUUCUCUGGAACCGACCGGAUCAAACAAGAUAUAGGGUGUUGUGUGUAAAUAUGUAUGUUCCCGUGUGAACUUGACUUGCCAUCCGUUAAGCUUCUGCCAAGCCUGGUCUCAGACCUGUUUGUGCUGUCUUGCCAACUCUGCGACAAUGGCCAUGGCAGAUUCAAAGACAGCGCAAACAGAUGAGGCACCAGGCUACCAUUUGCCCGCCCACUUCAUGUGCCAAGAACACUGAAUUAGAGUGUUGCUUUUCAAUCCCUCUUCCCCGUGGUGACACAUAGCACAGUGCCAGUAAUGUUGUGGUUUUGGGGAUUAUCUGAAGAGUGUUUCCCAAAGGCGGCUGGUGGCACUUUCUUUGGGGAGGACGGGUUCAUAUUUGAGGUGGGGCCGGAAUGAAUGCUAUCGAACACAUCGCACCCGUGGUUUCUUGUGUGUUUGAUAUCAUUCCAUUUGUCGUCGGGAGUCGUCCUCCCCUCGCCAGCCUCUGUUGGCUUCUGCCCUACUGACAGUUCAUUCAAGCCGCAGCAUGGACCUGUCAACAUGGCAAGACCUUCCAGGAGGUUUAUACAAUAUUAGUAUACUGGGACUAUCUACUUCCUGUCAAGAUGUCUCAAAUCUUUACCAUGGUAACUAUUGCUACCAUAGUAACCAUGACAACAUGCCUUAGAGAACACACUCGUACAGCUCCUCUGACAUAGUCUGUCUUUGUCAUGUUUUUACUCUAUGUUACCUCUGCUUUUUGCCAAAGUACCGUACAUUUGGGGACACAAUGAUACGAUUGAGGUUCUCAGUCCAUAUUUAUGUCUUUAUUUGUGUGUCAUAAAUUUUUUUAAUCUGUUGUAUGUAUUUAUUACUUUUUAUUUUUUUUACUCCGAAUUACCUGCCUGGUAUCCAAAAAUAUUUAAACUUCUGAGAAAUUGCAAUUCAACCAUUUUGAUUUCUUAAAGGACUGUGUAUACUUCUAGAAUAUUCAGUAAUUCUAUCUAUCUAGUUUGUACUUACCCUUGAUGCAUGAUAGAUUUUGAUUAAAUUUGGGUGUUUGUUUGUGUAGCAAAAAUACCUGUGUUCUGUUGUUUACAAACAGCUCCAGCUCUGCUACAAUUUCCCUGUGGAAUACACUGCAGUUACUACCAGAAAGAAACAUGAACGGCUUUGUUUUUUUAAUUUUUAAAAGUUGUUAUUUAUAAACAUUCAUUGUCUGAUUCUGUUUGUAACAUAACAUGUGAGGGCGUAAGGCGGGCUGCUGAACCAAUCCAGUACAGCUACGGUUUGCCUGUGUGUGAACCUUCAAUGCUACAUGAUUUUACAAACCACAAGGCUUUCCUGGAAAUGUACAGGAACGUGCUGGAACAUCCUGUGAACAGCAGUGAAACACCCCCGAACCAGCAAAAAGACACGAGAGUCUCUCAACCAGGGGUACAGUUUUAUACACACGUCUUACCUGUUUUACUGUAACAAUGGUGGCAGUGUAGACUUUUUCAGUGCAAACAUGUACAAAAGUGUUACUUCAAUGUUGAAGGGAGGCGUAUAUAGAAAUAUUACUUUAUAGGUUUAUACGCAUUGUAUGAGUGUUACUUUAUGAUGGAUGAGACGGACAGACAGACGGACAGACAGACGGACAAACGGACAGACGGAAAGACAGACAGAAACACAUAUGGAAGCUGUGUCCAGUUAGCAGUUAUGCACAAGUCUGCCUGACUGUCUGGCAGUACCUUGCAUCUUGUUGUAAAUUCCUCAAAGGCAGUGUCUGAAUAGCACUCUAUUCACUUAGUGAACAACUUGCCAAUUCGACGCAUGCUAAUUCUCUGGUGAGGGGAAAUGUAAAAUGAACCGUGAGUACAGUACAAAGAUCCUAGUCUUGUUCCAGUGAAACACAACAGCCUGGACACACAAAACACAUUUGCAGACCUAAAAACAUGCAAUUGUAGCUUUUUCAAAUAUGUUAUAGUCUUGCUAAGCCAAACGUCAUAAUGUGGCACAAAUAUUUCUUCUUUUUCGUGAAUUACAAAUCUGUAUAGGUUUUAUCGUCAACAGGAAUGAGUAUAACUGUUAUUCUAAUUGUUAUUCUGAUUAUUGUUAUUCCUAUUAAUAACAUUAGUGGCAGGCCACUGGGUAACAUUGUAUGUCGAAAUCCCAAUGAAAUCUGUGCAAGAUGAUGAAAUGUUUAUGAAUUAAAAAAAUAAAUAAAACAAA